GUCGACCCACACCCCAUCACUUAGACCGAGUGGUUUCCGUAGCAAACCAGCUGGUAUGGAGAUGAGGCCUCUGUUUGCAACCUUGACACUUGUACUGAUCCUCUUCACCUCCUCUUGUCAGCAAGUCACCAUGGCAGCUGGGUCAGCAUUCUGCGGCUCCAAGUGCAAGGUGAGGUGCUCCAAGGCCAGUCUGCAAGACCGGUGCAUCAAGGUCUGUGGGUUGUGCUGCGAGGCUUGCCGGUGUGUGCCGUCGGGGACGUACGGUAACAAGGAUGAGUGCCCUUGCUACAGGGACAAGUACACCGGGGAGGGCGUCAGGAGGAGGCCCAAGUGCCCUUAGUUGAGACCGAGCUGUCUGGAGUCGGAGAGAGUUCUUUGUUAUCUCCCUAGCUAGCUUCUUCCGAAUGGUUGUUGUCCGGUGUGUCGAUUACGAACAGUGCUGUUGCUCGUACUGCUACUUAGCCUUCUAGAGAGAGAUUCGUUGUGGUUGGAUAGUUCUUCAAUAUCAAUGCAUUGUUUCGCUUGCCGCAUA